GGAUGACGCUAUGUCGUACGCUGGACCUGCGUGGCGGAGGCGAGAUGGGGCGGCGCCCUUUGCCCCACGUUCCGCCCCACAGCCCGGCUUGCACUCCUCGAGCGAACUAGCGGUGGCCCAGCCCUCUCCCCGCCUCCUUCUCCUGCUCGGGGGCGGGCCGAGCUCCGCUCUCUCUAGGCCGAGGCCUUCUCCACCCCCAGGGCGCAGGGCCGCGGUCACGUGCCUAGAGCGAGGGCGGACGUGGGGCGGCGCUGCAUGUCUUAGGGGCCUGUCUUGAUGCGGCCAGACACUCUGGAGCCGUAGAAGGGAGUGAACAGGCUGCUAGAGCCGAGGACUUCUGAUCGCCACAACCUUCUGCCCUAUCACCGCCGUUACCAUGAACCCAGACUUGCGCAGGGAGCGGGACUCCGCCAGCUUCGAUCCGGAGAAACUCACUUACAUCCUGGAUGGGGGCCCCGAGAGGACCCGGCGCCGCCGGGAGAUCGAGAACAUGAUUAUGAGCGAUCCGGAUUUUAAGCAUGAAGACUUGAAUUUCCUUACCCGGAGUCAGCGCUAUGAGAUAUCUGUCAAAAAGAGUGCCGCGAUGGUGAAGAAGAUUCGAGAUUUUGGCAUUGCCGAUCCCGAAGAGAUCAUGUGGUUUAAAAACUUUGUGCAUCGUGGGCGUCCUGAGCCUCUGGACCUUCACUUGGGCAUGUUUCUGCCCACAUUACUUCACCAGGCAACCCAGGAGCAACAGGAACACUUCUUCAUGCCAGCCUGGAACCUGGAAAUUAUUGGCACUUACGCCCAGACAGAAAUGGGCCAUGGAACUCACCUUCGAGGCCUAGAAACCACAGCAACUUAUGACCCUAAGACACAGGAGUUUAUUCUCAACAGCCCUACUGUUACUUCCAUUAAGUGGUGGCCUGGUGGACUUGGGAAAACCUCAAACCAUGCCAUAGUUCUGGCUCAGCUCUACACUAAGGGAGAGUGCUAUGGAUUGCAUGCCUUCAUUGUACCUCUUCGUGAAAUAGGAACACACAAACCUCUUCCAGGCAUCACCGUUGGAGACAUUGGGCCCAAGUUUGGCUAUGAGGAAAUGGAUAAUGGUUACCUAAAGAUGGACAACUGUCGAAUUCCUCGGGAAAAUAUGUUGAUGAAGUACGCCCAGGUCAAACCGGAUGGCACAUAUGUGAAGCCUUUAAGUGACAGAUUGACAUAUGGAACCAUGGUGUUUGUCAGAUCCUUCCUUGUGGGAGAGGCAGCUCGAUCUUUGUCUAAAGCUUGCACUAUUGCCAUCCGCUACAGUUUAGUAAGACACCAGUCUGAAAUCCAACCAGGUGAUCCUGAACCCCAGAUCUUGGAUUUUCAGACGCAGCAGUAUAAACUUUUCCCCCUCUUGGCCACUGCCUAUGCCUUUAAAUUUGUGGGAGCCUUCAUGAAGGAAACCUAUCAUCGAAUUAAUGUGGACAUCAGCCAAGGGAACCUGAGUGAACUACCUGAGCUUCAUGCACUGACAGCUGGGCUUAAGGCUUUCACCUCUUGGACAGCUAAUUCUGGCAUUGAAGCCUGCCGGAUGGCUUGUGGUGGGCAUGGAUACUCCCACUGCAGUGGCCUCCCAAACAUUUAUGUCACUUUCACCCCCGCCUGUACCUUUGAAGGAGAAAACACUGUGAUGAUGCUCCAAACAGCUCGGUUUUUGAUGAAAAGCUAUGAUCAAGUGCAUUCAGGAAAGUUGGUGGGUGGCACAAUGUCCUACUUGAAUGACCUGGUUAGUCAGCGCAUCCAGCCACAGCAGGUGGCAGCUUGGCCAGCAGUGGUGGAUAUCAACAGCCCAGACAGCCUAGUAGAAGCCUAUAAACGUCGAGCAGCCCGAUUAGUGGAAACUGCAGCAAGGAACCUUCAAGCUGAAAUGAAGCUCAGAAAAAGCAAAGAUGUAGCAUGGAACUUAACCUCUGUGGACCUUGUUCGAGCAAGUGAGGCUCAUUGCCACUAUGUGGUAGUAAAGCUGUUUGCUGGAAAUCUCUCCAAAAUUGAGGACAAAUCCAUUCAAACAGUCCUGAAGAAUUUGUGUCUUUUAUAUGCCCUGUAUGGAAUCAGUCAGAAUUCUGGGGACUUUCUACAGGGGGGCAUCUUGACAGAGUCCCAGCUUACUCAAGUGAACCAGCGGGUGAAGGAGCUCCUGAUGAUAAUCCGCCCCGAUUCUGCUGCUUUGGUGGAUGCAUUUGACUAUCAGGAUUUUACACUUGGCUCUGUGCUUGGCCGCUAUGAUGGCAAUGUUUAUGAAAACAUGUUUGAAUGGGCCAAGAAAUCCCCACUGAAUAAAACAGAGGUCCAUGAAUCUUUUCACAAACACCUGAAGCCACUACAGUCCAAGCUGUGAAAUCUGUUAUAAGCAACCCCAUCAGCUCCAGAAAGCAUAGAUGCUUUGCCUUCCUCUACACUGGAUGCAUAUAUCCUGAAUGGAAUCUUUAUCUAUCAAAUUACGGAUAGCCUUAGAACAAGUAAUAAAUUGGUCCCUCAUACUCUUUCUACAAAUGAAGAAAAAUGGACAUAUUUGGAAGAUUGAAUGGAAACUGGGUGUGUCUUAAGUGCAAUUAAUAGUGAGAGAGACUUUUUAAGCAUUCAGAAAAGCUUUAUAAAAAUAUAGUUUGGCUUCUAUUCACAAUGCUGCUAAUUUCUGUGGUCUGUGACCUCUAUGAUAAUUAGCAGUUUUUAACUACUAAGUAGUUGACUUUUCAAGUUAUAACUGUUAAUCACUGGAUAUAUUUUAAGUGUGAAGUAAGUGUUUUUAAGCAAAAAGGUGUAUUUUGAGGUGCAGUAGAACCUCAAUUUGCAGGCUUGCCUGCAAAUGUCCCACAACUCUUACAAUCCUUCUGCUACUCUGGGACUGUCUCAAAAAGUAUGACCUAAGGAGCUAAAUUAGAGAGGGGGGCGGAGGGGAGGGCAGUGCAUCUAAAAGUUUAGCACUGCUGCUUUGUGGCCGACCCCUUUUUCCCCACUCUAUUCAUUUUUCCUUUGACAAGUAAAUAUUCUAGACAAAUAUCUUGCAUCCCAAUAGCACUUCCCAGCCCAAGCAUUCUGUGGCAGCACCUUCCUAGUAUGAUUAGAAAUUGUCUCGUUGACCUUAUCCCUUUAGUUUUGAAAGAGCAUUGUAGCUGCUUUUCCACUUAUAUCCUUCCCACUGAGAAGCAGUGUUAACUUCUGUGAGGACUAAGAAUAAAGUUAGCACUUCAAAGUUAAAAUGAUUAACUACCACCCUAAAGACAGUAGUGGUUGAUGCUUGGUCUCUGCCAAAGGUGCAAUGGGGACAAAUCUUUUCUGAAUGGAAAUAGAGAACAGCUCUCCUGAGUCACUGUAGCAGGGGGGAAAAAAAAAGAAACGAAGGUCCACACAGGUUAGCAACCCAUUGGUGCAAGUGUGGUUUUUGGUUUCUUUGUGCUCUUGAGGAACUUUAUCUGAAAUGCUAAAAAGUCCCUUUCUAUUAAAGUCUCAUUUGCACAGUUGUUCAGUAGCAAAGAUUUAAGGAUGUAGCUUUUAAUUGAACUUGGUGAUUUCAUUGAACUCAGUGUAAUAUAAAACAGCAGAAGUCAAUUAAUUUUGUACCUCUUUCCGUGACACUUGCUUGGUGACAUCUAUUUGUCCUAGGAUUUUAUUUGACUCAAGUAUAGGAUUGUAUGAAAAUCAAGAAAACUUUGGAAUAUGUUAGAUCAUCUUUGCAAACUAAAGGAAUAACACUAAUGAAAUUUGCCCAGGUAAAACUGCUAAUGUAACAAUCUAAAGUUUAAAAAUGCCAUUAUAUGUUUAUUCAAACCGUGUCUUUCUUGGAAGAAAAUUAGCCAUACUUUUUCAGUAUGACAAUUAUUAAGUUCUAGUUAGGCAGUAGUAAUAUUCUGUUGUCAAUCAGGAAUGUGAUCUAAUAUCUGAGUUAGUGGGAAAGAGACAAAAGGAAAAAAUUAAGGUGUGUAAUGGUAUCCUUAUUGCAAUAUAGAUCCAUUAUUUCAGUGAUAGUGCUUAUAUUUAUUCUGUCAAGAUGUAUUUGUGCAGUGCUGGAAUUAAGUGGAUCAGAAUAAGAUUUGGUAAACACUAUGGCAGAUCUGUGAUCACGAUAAACAAGUUUGAGGAGAUUGCAAAUAUCAGAAGGCCCUUAAAAACCUAGUGUAACUUUAAUUUCCCAACUAACUCAGGCAGGGCUUCUUGUACUAUUUAAUUCACUUAAGUUUUAGAUGUUUUGCAGCGAUUUAAUCAAUGCAAAUGGGGUUUUUUAAAAUUAAGAAUGAAUUUAAUAUGGAUUCUGAUAACUUACUUGAGAUUGCUAAUUUGGAAUCAGUGUCACUUAGCAAAAACUCAAUUUUAUAAAACUUAAGACUUUCUCUUCAAGUGCAAAUAGUACUAAAGGCAAAUAAAGUAGAACCUACUUUAAAAUUUACAUCAUUUGUUUUGUGCAAACACAUAAUUCCAAAAAUAUUUUUAAACUAUUUGCUUUCUUUAAGUAAGCCAAACUUUUGAAAAUCCUUUCAGUCUGGUUCAUUACUCAUUCGCUUAUUAUGUUAGUACAAUCUUAGUGCAAACAUAAAUUUCAGAUCCUCGGAAUAAUUAAAUAUAGAAUUACUCUCUGCUGAAUUAGAUAGUUUUACUUAAUUAGCUUUUGUUAGAUAAUGUUGAUGCAAGCCUUUUGGAGAAAUGCUUUGUCUUGAUCAGUAUAGAAAAUUUAAAACUAAAUCUGAAUUUAUUAAUUCAGGUGAUUUUUGGAUUCAAUGAUUGAUCCUCCCCCAUUGGUAUUUUAAGCACCUGAAUUCUGUGGUGUUCUGUAAUACCUGCUUACUGAGUAGUAGUCAGUAUUUAUUUUCAGCUUGAGUAGUCUCAAAGGACUUUGUCCAAAGUCCCUUUGUAUUUCAUUGCCCUUUUAGAUAGUCUUGUUAAAUAUCAGCUCAUAGAGAGCGUACUUGUUUGUAGAACAGUGAUUGAAUUCAGGUACUUCACAACAGCUUUAAUCAGAUGUGCCCCCUGCCAUAAAUUUGAGUUUGUCAUAUACCUAAAGGCACCUGUCCCUUUGAAUGUUAAUAGUAAUUACAUCUUGAUUUUUUUUAAGUAGAAAGAACUCUAAGUGGAGACUUGAUAACUUUCUCCAUCUAGGGGUGAGAAUUCCUGCAACCAUUUGGUUUUUGCCCACUUAACUCUAAAGCCCUCUCCAUUUUAGUUUUUCUUUUUGUAUUGGAGAACCUCAGUUUGAUGUUAAUAGGCUUUUACACUUCUGUUUGACACCAACUAGUAAUACUUUUUGAAAUCUCAGAUCCAGUCUCAAAACAUCCCCUUUUAAAUGAGAGGGUUCCAAGGUAUGGGACUGGGCCGGACUGACAUUAGGGAACCUGGAGUUUGAAGGCUUGGAUUCUCAUCUAAAGGGCUUCCUAUAGAUUCACUUGAUUCAGUGGUUUUGUCUUGUUUCGUAAUCAGACUUGUCUUAUUGUAUAAUCAGAUGGGACUUCAUCUUUAGCGUACUGAACCAAAUCACCUUGUAAAUAAGGACUUAAAAUAACAUUUAAAACCAAGAUAUAGGGUUUUUUUUAAUCUAGUCAAAUUAAAUUCAAAUUUUCAGUAACAUUUCUGGGAUGAACUCAGUAAACACUAGGAACUGUAUGAGAACUUUUUGGGUAAGGAUGGGUGGUGUGGACUAAACUCUAAGUGAGGCAGGAAAACAUGUUUCCCUUUAUGCUGGUGUACUGUCAUUUAAAAUGAUGUUAAGAUAGUAGGAAAAGGCUUGGGGGGAGGGUGGAGAAUGGUUUUAAAUAUUCCGAACUAUAUUACAAAAGCUAUUUUUUGUUGCUGCGCUUGUCUGUCUUUACUAUUCAGUUUCACUAAUGAAGAGUUUGAUGUAGAAAGUAUGGAAUGUUAUCUUGGGAAUGAUUCUUGAAUACUUUCUGCCUCUUAAAAUGCAUACAAUCAUACUUCAAACUUAAGGCCACGGAAUUAGUCAAAUUGUUUGCAAGUAUCUCGGUAAGGGGCCCCUGGGUUCUAGUGCCAGCCCUGCCACUAACCAACUGUAGAACCUGGGCGUAGCAUUUCAUUCCUUAAAGCCUCCGAUUCCUCACCUGUAGCAGGUUCUGUGAUUCCAGGAGUUGUGCGCAGGCGCCUUUCCAAGUAUUGUAACCCGCACUCCCACCCCCAAACCACCCUGCCCUCUUGUAUUGUUGCGGGGCUGGUCCCGCGCCUCUGAGUGGGAUUCACCUAAAGCCUCGCCCCCAGCCAUGGCCAGCCCUGUGGUGAGGAAGUGCGGGCCGCACGACCAGGCCGCACGGACCCAUUUCUUUCUUGCCGACCUACUGUAUUUUGGUCUUUGUGAGAAGUGAUAACGAUAAUAAAAACGUGUAAUUAGUACAAA